AUGCAAGCUUUAUAUCAUUUAUCAGCCAAUGCAGCACCACAAGCGUUCCAGAGUCCUGGACAGCCACCUGUUAAUCUUGCGGCUAUGAAACAAUUCAUGCAAGCCGGCGUUUCGCCUGUACUUCUGCAGCAAAUCCAAGUAGCUCAACAACAACAGUUUGCCGCAGCUUCUGCAGCAGCUGCAAUGCAUCAAUCGGGUGGGUUGCUUGCAGCACCCGUAGUUGGUGCGGUUGUAUCAAAUGCAGAAAGCGAGAAACAAGAUGAGAAGUUGGCACGAGAGCAGUAUGAUCUCCAAGUCCAAAUGCAAAUGGCUGCAGUUGCAGGGAUCGGCCCACAGAUACCACCACCUUCUGCAGUCCAGUCGCAGCCAGUCGCACCAAAUGCUUUAACUACACCAGAUCCAUCUACAUCGUCAAAUUCCGUUGAUAGUGCACCCAAACGAUUGCACGUGUCAAACAUACCAUUCCGAUUUCGUGAUCCCGAUUUAAGGGCAAUGUUUGAGAAAUAUGGGCCUGUAACUGAUGUUGAAAUAAUAUUUAAUGAACGUGGUAGUAAGGGGUUUGGUUUUGUGACUAUGGAGAAAUCAGCAGAUGCGGAGAAAGCUAGACAAGAAUUGCAUGGUUCUUCUGUUGAGGGUCGCAAAAUAGAGGUGAAUUGCGCCACUGCCCGUAUACACACCAAGAAGCCGAAAGUCGCACCCGGAAUGGUGGAUGCUAGUUUGGCGGUUGCCGCAUUGCAGGGUGCAGCACUUCAACAAGCAGCUGCAGCAAAUCGUGCGUUAUACUUACGAAAUCCGUUAGCGCAAGCGUUAGCAGUUCGGAAUUUGCAAACUCUUAAUGUGCAAAGUCAACUUGCUGCACUUGGACAACCUCAGCAGUUGAGUUUCAUUACACCAGCUCUCGCAGCUCAAAUGCAAAAUCAGAGUCUGUUACUCGGUGCUGCUCAGUUGCCUCAAACAACUCAACCACUGCAACAAUCUUAUGAUCCAACAACUUUAUUAACUGAGCAGGCACGUUUGCAGCUUGUUGCUGCACAAGCAGCAAAUCCGGCUUUAAUGGCAGCAGCAGCAGCGGCAGCAGCAGCGCGUAAUGCUGUGGCAGGUACAGCUGGUACUACAUCCAUUGGUGAGCAGUAUCUCGGUCAAGCAUUAACAGCAGCUCUACCAGGCUAUCCAGCUAUGGCAACAGCUACGUAUCGUACGCUGAAUCGUUUUGCACCAUAUUAA